GACGAAACUUCAAAGCUACGUCAGGAGAAUUUCAAUUGCGUGAAAUCUACGGAGACGGAAAUUGCAUGUUUCGCGCCAUCAGUUUUAUUGUUUGGGGAACAGAAAAUAGACAUAGAUAUCUUCGCUCUUUGGUAGUAAGACACAUCGAGAACUCGUGGCGGGAGCUAAAACCUUUCGUAGUGGCCGAGUGGAGCAUGUCGAGUCUCGACGACUACAUCGGCUUCAUGGGCGCGGACGGCACUUUCGCAAGCGAGCUCGAGUGCGUCGUCGCCACGAAGCUCAAUCGUCUGAACCUCGCGAUCUACAGGCGGGUGGAGGGUUCCGAUGCCCUUCGACGUAUACUCUACAGUCAGUACAGCGGAAGUGCAAGGACGGCCAACCUCCUUUUCAGCGGACACAACGAGUACGGGCACUACGACGUACUGGAACCAGUCGGAUCGGCCAGUCCGUCCUUCGUGUCUUCGUAUUUGCCAUGAUCCUCUGCUCCUGGCUGAUGCGUUAAAAUUGAAGAGCUUUCCGUUCGCCGACGAUCGCGAGGACCGUUGCCUUGUCCUUUGCCUCGAUCGCAAGUGGUCGCAGGCACCCGCGCUCGGCUGCUCUUCGUGCGAUGUCCUCGCGCGAGUCCCCGAGGCGAUUUGACAACUUGAAAACUGUGAU